AUGGCGAACAUGCGCGCCUGGCAAUACACAACCCGCAACGACCCCUUCGAAUCCAACCUCUCUCUCAACACCGUACCUAAACUCCAAGCACCUUCCAAAUGCUCCUCUGAAAAGACUCCAUGUAUCCUAGUCCGCGUCUAUGCCGCAUCCAUCAACCCAGCAGACCACAAAGUCCCUGUCACCCCUAUAAUCGGUUACUUUCUCAACUCGAAACCCGCAACCCCCGGGCUCGAUUACGCCGGCAUCAUCGAAUCCAUCCCCAUAGGCUGCCCUACUACCCUCAUAGCCGGCGACAAAGUCCUCGGUCGCCUCGAUUGGCCGUAUCAACAUGGUGCCCUAGCAGAGUACAUCCUCGGACAGCCCAACGGGCUGGUGAAGCUUCCAGAUGGUUUGUCCUUCGCACAAGGAGCCGCUAUAGGCACCGCCGCGCUGUCGGCGCUGCAGCCGCUAGAGCUUGCUAAGAUCAAGCCUGAAGAUUAUGUAUUCAUCAAUGGUGGAAGCGGUGGCGUGGGGAGUUUCACGCUGCAGAUUGCGAAGUUGCUGGGUGCGGCGCACGUCACUGUGACUUGUGGGCCUGCGAACGUCGACCGCAUGAAAGCUCUGGGCGCGGACGAGGUUAUCAACUACCGCGAAUCAGACGUUGCAGAUGUGCUGAAUACCAGCGCGAAAGACACUGGCCGAUUGUACGACAUUGUGAUUGAAAAUGUUGGCGCUAUCGACACACUCUACGAGAACUGCCAUCAUUUCGUCAAGCCGGGAGGCCACUUCGUACAGGUGGCCGGUACGAACGCGCUCUUCACUUUCAAACGAAUGAUAACACCUGGGCUUCUGGGUGGAGGCAAGAGGAAGUACAGUCCGUACCUGGCGUAUAAUGUCCGUGAUCAAUUGGAGAAAAUUGCGAGGUGGGCGGGUGAAGGCAAGCUGAAGGUGGAAAUCGACGAGGAAUUCGCAUUUGAAGACGCAAAGGAGGCAUUCGAGAAGUUGAGGAGUGAUAGGGCGAAAGGGAAGCUUGUUGUGAGGGUGUCUAGUGAGGGGCAGUCAUGA